AUGUUUACGAGCAACCCUGCAACGGCAAUGUCUCAAAAUAAACCCACUUUAAGACUUAAUCCACCGAUAACCGAACGAUUUCAACUUUACGAAUUUUUCCAUACUCCUAGCCUACGUUAUGAUCCAAAAGAAGAUAUUCAAAUUGAAGAAAAUAUCAAACCAGCUCUAGAACAAUCAAUUACUUCUAAAGAUGAAGACUCAACUCGAUUUAGCCAACGCUUAACUUUCAAUGCUACACAAAAUCAAAAUGCAGAAGAUAACACAACAUAG